AUGGCGUGCGGAGCCACCCUGAAGAGGACCAUGGAUUUUGAUCCGCUGAUGAGUCCCACUUCACCCAAAAGACGAAGAUGCGUCCCCGUGUCCACAUCCGCCUCAUCCCCUAGGAAAUAUCUCCGCAUGGAACCCUCGCCAUUUGGGGAGUCCUCGUCCAGACUGAGCGCAGAACAAAUCCUCAACAGCAUCAAGCAGGAGUACAAACGCAUUCAAAAGCGGAAGCAUCUAGACGGAGGCUACCAACAGUCAGAAUGCUGCUAUUCUCCAGAAUCCCCAUCCCACUCAUCUACUAUGAAUGUUUCCAGCAUGCCAGGAACGUCUUCUGGGGGCGUUUCUCCGACUAGAAAAGAACAGCCGCUGUUCACCCUCAGACAAGUCGGCAUGAUCUGUGAACGCCUGCUGAAAGAAAGGGAAGAGAAGGUGCGGGAGGAGUACGAGGAGACGAUGACCUCGAAACUGGCAGAACAAUAUGACACCUUUGUGAAGUUCACACACGAUCAGUUAAUGCGACGAUUUGGGGAGCAGCCUGCCAGCUACGUUUCCUGAGUGUGACACGCGGGACAUCUCUGCAAGACGGCCUUUCUCUUGCUGCAAGCGAUCAUGUGAUAUUUCGGAGAAAGGACACAAAGCUCUCGUCAUCGUAAAAGAUUCAGUUUAGCUAGUUUAAAUGAAACUUUUCUUACUGUGCCAUAUUUCUGUCUUUGGGCAAAGGUUUAUAUGAAGCUGUUGUCAGUUGCUACCACUCUGCCGUACGCAACUCGGUCCCAAUGUAAAGUAACGGACCCUAUCACUACCAGUGGCCUAUGUUCCUCCUGCUGUACACAUCUACAGUUAUCUCACUUUUGUAAUGAUUCCCAGCAUUCCAGGCUUUUGUCACUCGUUUCUCUUUGUUACUUGUAAAUACAUUUACCCAGCGUAGAGUUUUCAAACAGGGUUUGCUGGUCAAUCUGAAAGGAGGUGGACGGAACAGUUGAAACAGAGAGAGUGUUUGCAGUUUGUCCUCUGUCUGUUGCUUUUUUUUUUCUUUUUUUUUUUUUAAAUUGAGCAUAACGUGGGCUGAUUGUUUCCCCUUCUUUCUCCCUACCAGUGUUUUAUUUAUUUAGACUUUUUUGUUUUGCUGGUAUCAUUUUUGAAACCAAUGUACUUAUUGGAAAAACAAUAAAUCUUUAAAGAGUUCAGAA